AUGCAAUCCUUCCAAGCGACGACCUCCUCUCAAUCCUCCAGGAUUGUGGUCCAAACUACUUACUUCCUUAGGAGCAUACCACCCCCGCCGAGUCGCAGCCACUCACACGGCAGGAUUCCUGUAGCCGAUGUCAACGGCUCUUGGAUGGUUGCGGCUAGCAGCCCUGAUGCAGGGGAAGACUUCCAGAAAAUAACGCAUUCUCUUAAGAAGCGUCAUCCCGGGCAAGAUCCUUGGAUCCAGGAACUCUGCACUCCGGUGGUUCGCUCGGGCCCCUUUACACUCACUUCGCUCGUCGACCGGGCGCGCGAGUCGCCAGAGCUUCUUCGGUCCGGCAUGUAA